CAAAAGAGAUGGUACUACAAUAACAUUAUACCAAUCGGAUUUUUGGUUCAGACAGGCGAAAGUUUUGGAUGACCGUAGAAUCACGACGAUUGACACCGGAGUUAUCUUUAAUAAGUACAGGCGUUCGCUACUGUCAACCCAGGUUCGACGGAUACCUCUGUUGGCCUCCUACGGCUGCCGGGGAAACAACAUACUUGCGUUGUCCAGUUGCGCGGCUGAGCGACUCGACGAAAAACGCGUAUCGGAGGUGUGGUAUCGACGGUCUUUGGAACACAAAGAAAUUUAACGAGACUUCAGAGAUAGGGUGGACAAACUACACUCCUUGCUUCCCAAUGGAAAUUAGAAACAUGCUCAACGAACUUUAUGAAGAGGAUGAAACGGGAGCGCAGGAUAAAUUCAACGUAGCUCUGAGGACACGUUAUUUGGAAAUCUUCGGGUUUACGUUAUCGUUCAUCGCACUUUCUAUUUCCCUCUACAUCUUCAUUCAUUUUAGGGCACUCCGGAAUCACCGUACUCGCAUUCAUAAGCAUCUUUUCGGUGCAAUGCUCGUCCAAGUGCUCAUCAGGCUUACUGUCUACAUCGAUCAAGCUGUGGUAAGAUCAUCGAUCAGCUCUACGGAUGAUAACACUACGAUGACCCGAGGAAUCGACAAUAUGCCGUACAUUUGCGAAGGAUCAUAUGUUCUACUUGAGUACGCUACAUCAGCGAUGUUUUUAUGGAUGUUCAUGGAAGGUCUUUACCUACAUAACGUAGUAGCUGCGAACAAUUUGCGAGAACGUGUCCCCUACCAAUGGUAUUGUGUUUGGGCCUGGGGCGCUCCCGUUGUUAUAACAUCAAUUUGGACUAUAUUAACAGCUCUUAAAUAUCGCGGUGAAAAAGUUCAAACUUGUUGGUACGGAUAUAACUUCACCGGAAUAUAUUGGAUCGUACAAGGUCCACGUUUGAUCGUUAUCUUGAUCAACUUUGUAUUUUUACUGAACAUUCUAAGGGUUCUUAUAAUGAAACUCAGCAAAUCUGCACGUCGCGAAAUCGUUAAAGUCAGGAAAGCGGUGCGGGCGGCUCUGGUACUCUUACCUCUGCUAGGAAUUACAAACAUUAUGAAUAUGUUCGAAGCUCCUCUGAGCUCUGAUCCGAUCCGGUUUGCCGUAUGGAGUUACUUAACACAUUUCUUAAGAUCUUUUCAAGGCUUCUUCAUCGCGCUAAUAUACUGUUUCUUAAACGGCGAGGUGAAGCAGUGCCUGUCGAAGGCAUACACCAACUACAUGGCGGAGAGGGCACUCCUGGUUCGGCAGAAUGCCAUUUGUGUACCAUCUAUGGAUGAAGAGCCAGCUAAAGAAAAAAAGGCAAGCUAUCUGUCUUGCUGCUUCCCAAGCAAGACUGAAAAGCGAACAAGCAAAGACUACCGGGCUUGUGCUUUGGAUUUAAACAAGGAUGAAGAGCCAGCUAAAGAAAAAAAGGCAAGCUGUCUGUCUUUCUGCUUCCCAAGCAAGACUGAAAAGCGAACAAGCAAAGACUAUCGGGCUGGUGCUUUGGAUUUCAACAACACGGCCCGCGCGCGUCGUCUCGAAUUGCACAUGGUGAGCAAUUCCCAAUUGCCUACUCCACUACAAUCGCCAUGUCCUGCUGUGGUUCGUAGACAGAUGGAAUUGCAGGAGCUCAAACAAUCCACUCCGCUAAUUCCCCGUCGGCAUAUCGUGUCGGCCCCGAAGAGGGCCGUAAGGAUUCCGUUUGAUGACGACGAUGAGGCCGUCACUAAGGAGCCCUUCUCGUGCUACGCUGAUACUCUUGAAAUGGCCGAACUGGGUGCGGUAAGCCCCUGGGUUUACAGGCGACGAUGCUCGCCACCAGAGAUGGGGAUAUUCGAUACCUGCAGCUUGACGCGCGGCUCGUGCGAUGAGCAGCCUCCUAUUCAUAUUGAGAGGUGUAUAUACGCAACUAGGGCUAUCGUACCGAGCUCACCCUAUGUGGCUGACACUGAUGCUCGUGAAGUGUAAGUAAAUUCAGCAUUUACUAUUACGUACUAUUCGUACGAAUAAACUAAUUUAAAGGCGAACCUCACUUUGAGUGAUUUACACAAUUUGUAGUGUAUUUUUU